CAGGCGUGUCCUUGGCUGACAGAAUAUAAAAGUCAGCCGAACGGUCAGAGCAACAAAAGAGGAGAAACGACAGACUUCUCUGUCUGACGGCCGAACGACAAGAAAACACCAGCAAUAAGAGAAGGAAGAAGAGAGACAGAGACAGGACAGAGUGGAGAAUGUGUCCUGCGUGGAUAUUGGUGGCGGUGGUGGUUGUGGAUGUGGCUAGAGGAGCUGUCAGUCAGUGCUGGGAGCAUCCGAGCUGUCAUGACCUCAGCUCUGAGAGCAGCAUGAUGGAGUGCAUCCAGCUCUGUCACUCUGACCUCACCGCCGAGACCCCCAUCAUCCCAGGCAACGCCCACCUCCAACCUCCCCCUCUGUCAGACCCCUCCUCCUUCAUCCUGCCGUCCUCCUCCUCCUCCUCCUCCUCCUCACCUCAGGCCAAGCGCUCCUACUCCAUGGAGCACUUCCGCUGGGGGAAGCCCGUCGGUCGCAAGCGCCGCCCAGUCAAAGUCUACACCUCUAACGGCGUGGAGGAGGAGUCUGCAGAGGUUUUCCCCGGAGAGAUGAGGAGGCGGGAGCUGGCCAGUGAGUUGUUGGCGGCAGCAGAGGAGGAGGACAAGGUGCAGGAGGUGAUGGAGGAGGCGGAGGAAGAGGAGCAACAGCAGCUCUCGGAUGGCGAGAAGAAAGACGGUUCAUACAAGAUGAAGCAUUUUCGCUGGAGUGGUCCGCCGGCCAACAAACGCUACGGCGGCUUCAUGAAGAGCUGGGAUGAGCGCAGCCAGAGGCCGCUGCUCACACUCUUCAAGAACGUCAUCAACAAAGAUGGACAGCAGCAGAAGUGAGAGGGAGGAGGGGGAAAGGAGGGAAGGAAAGAGGGAGGAAAAAGAGAGAGAUUACUUUUUACACAGCUGACAGGCAGGCAGCAGAGUUCUCAUUAGCCAGGGAAGCUCAUUAGCAGACAAGUUAGUGACCAACAAAAAGCUCUGAAACUGCUGAUUGUGACUUGAUCCUGAAUGACUGGAAGAGAGAUAAAGAGAGAGAGUGAGAAAGAAGUUUUGAUAUUUAUUGAUUUGUGUAAAUAACUGUAAAUUAUAUGAAAACAUAAAGAAGUAUUUGCAAGCAAAAGAA